UGAACGCUGAUUGGCACAGCACGUGAAGAGGGAAAAAUCCCGGAAGAAUACAACAGGCUAUGUUUAUUCCAUGGAACGAGGUUUAUUCAUAAACAAUGAACUAUGCUCUUCUGUUCGUUCUUGUUGCCAUAUAUUUGUAUCAUUGCUUUAUGCAGCAAGCACAAAUACUGCUGUUGUUCCAGCAUGAAGCUCGCAUUCGGUACGAGAACAUUACACAGUCGUUUUUGGCACGGAGAAGAGGCAUUGCAAGACAUUAUCGGAGAAAGCGGGCGAUGCUCCACAACCUGUGCAGGUUGCUACGGAAGCUCCCGUAGACCAGAAAGUCUGCUGCACCAUCAAGCCGGUCCGAAUGGAGACAGGGCUUUGCUCCUUGCUGUGCUGAUUGGUGCAAGCUACAGCUACCCCCUAGAGAAAGGUGGGGAUCAAGUCUCCUCUGGUGGUGGUGACAGUGGAAAUCCUGGUUUUGGCUUUCAAGCCCCUCCUGGAGGAUAUGUAUCCGUUUCUGGAUCCCAGUCGGCCUCAUAUCCAGCAGCUGCUGCUCACAGUCCCUACUAUGCUGCUGCCCCUGUACCUGCACAAUACCCUGGUGGCUACCUUCCAGGGUCGGUGCAGCCUGGUGCACCCCAAGUCUACAGCUGGGCAGUUGAACCUGUCAAGCAUCUUCCUGUUGAGACCUCACCAUCUUCAUCUCUUGGUGUAACUGGUGCCCCUGGAGAUGUUGAUGCAUCUGGUGCCAUCAGUGGGUUUAUACCAGGCCCUCCAGCAUACCAGGGAGGUGAACUGUCUCAUGUGGAGAAGGCCUACGAGCAUGGCAACUCUGACUCUGAAACCGAAGACCAGGGCAGUCCCCGUCGUCCAGUUGGCCCAGUCCCUUUCCCUCUACCGGGCCCUCAGUUUCUGCCAGAUGGCUCUGUUCCACUGUCAAGUGGUCCAGCCCUGUACUUUCCAGGUGGCCCAGGCUUUGGUUUGCCUUGGUAUCCUUAUUAUGACUACCACUUCCUGACUGGCCAGUAUCCUCCAGGCACCGUCAGUCACUUCAGCACCAGUUAUGAGCAGGGAAAGGACUACUUCCAUGAUAAUCACUACGUCAGAGAAUUGCCCCUCCUCCCUGGUCAUCCACAAGUCCCAGUCUAUCCCCCAGUUCAGCAGCAAAGGCAGUAGUUUGGGAAUGUUUAUGGCUGUAGUGGAGUGCAAUUGGGACCAGAAGAAAGUUUCCUCAGCCAUAUACAGUGACCUAUAUUAAUGGAAAUCGGGACCCUGUAAAAUUUAACUUUAAUGCUUUGUCUUUGGGUGGAAUGCAAAGUAAACAUGUUGACUUCGUCCUCAAUAAACCUA